CAUUCAUUUUUACACUUUGGUCGCAAGGGAGAAUCAGUGAAACGCAGUAAAAAGUGUGGAUUAAUUUGGUGCCCGAAUUCGUGGAUGAUCUAUUAAUCUUCUUUCUUUAGACUGAUGUACUGUAUGAAGCUUCCGAUUCUUCUGGUCGUCUUUUUGGUGGCAGGUGCCAUACAAACUGAAGGAGCCACCCGAAGAGACCGAAGAGCUGCUGAGAAACUACAGGCCUCCAACGCCGACCAAAUGGUACAGAACAUUCUUCAAUGGCUGCAGGGCGUUUAUUCGCACAACAGCCGAAGAG